CCUACCUUGAGCUCCUCCUGGCCGCCUCAGACGACACCACCCCAUCGCGACGUUAUCAAACCUUCUCUUACGGAUACCUGACCUUACAGCAAAGAGGCAUUGGGUGAUCUUGCGCACACGACACACACCUGACCGCCCUUUGUUUGCUUCUUCGCUUUCGCCUGUCCCUCCCGCCCUUCCCGUCCUGCAAAGUUGCCUUUUCCUUCCCAUCGCACUGACCAUCCAGGUGGCCAAUUGGGGAAUCACGGACGUUGCUCCCGAGGCCUGGGGAUCGACUGCCCGCCGCAUGUGUGUCGAAGAAGAUCCCUUCUUUCCUGCAUCGGCACCCGUUAUACCCUACUGCCGCACCUCACAAUCGGUCCAUCCAACCGCCUUCAGGCGCACACAGUUCACUCUGCAUCGUCGUCUCGCCUACGCCAACCUCGGUUUGCCCGCCUGAUAGUGCCGCUUUGAGAGCUGCAUGUCCAUCCUAGGCACCAUCCACUUCAAGAAACAAGCGCUCCAUACAUGGGAUUGCACCCCCGAGUGUGAAACGAAUCCUGCUUUGACGUACCUUAUUCUACUUUGCCUAUUCCACGCCCCCCUCUUUUGCCUACCUACCUACCAGGCUACCUUACCUGCGUACGAGCUCUGCGUCCGGUUGGUGUCUCGGUGCAACCUCCGGCAGUUUGUGACUGGACAUCGCUAGCUGCAGCUUCCCAAGCCAAGGAGUGUCGUGCAUCGCCUGCAAGAAAAGCCUUCAGCGGACCGUCAACUCCGAAGGGGUUGACUUGUACCUCCUUUCAAGCGCCGGAUCCCUUCCGCCACACCCUCUCUCUCUCUCAUCGAGCGUUGCGCAAAUCUCAGUCCUCCCCUGGGAUUUAUUGUAGCAACUAUGGCACCCCGCCAGGGCGGCUAUCUCCGCGUUCCGGGACAGGAAGACGACUUUUCCCGGAAGCAGCCUCGUCGCAGCCGCUCCGGUUCCUCCGGCCGAAGGCAAAAGGCUCUGCCUGGCGAGAAGCCUCUUCCGGCCCUCCCGCCGCCGACGCCGACGUCCGGCGCCACGUUUGUCGACAUUGAUCUCCACGGUGACGGCUCGCACAACUCGCCCAGUAACCGCCGUCGCGCCACCAUUGCUAUCGCGCUCGCCCUGGCCUUUGUGGGAUGUAUGCUCGCAUUUGUGGUCCUGGGCUUCGCCUGGGACAAUGGCGGCGUGAGACGGGGCCCGAACGCGUUGGACGGCUUGAAGAACCUCGAGGACUGCCCGUGUAGGCCGGACGAUGACGUGCCACAGUACUUCAGGACGAGUCCGGAGUUGUGGGCUGGCCCGACGGCGACUGGUAGACCUGCCUUUAUGGCGCAGACGAGAGUUAUUCCGACGGGAACCUUUGUGCCGAAUGCGCCGCUGCAGACGGAUAUCCCUAUCGAAGGAAUGGGAAGCAAGAAUGAGAGCAUUUUCAAUAUGAUGGGGUACCUUACCCCGUAUCAACCGAGUCCUGGCUUUGGUGUAGAGGAAUACGCGCUGCCGGAAGGAGCCGAUAUCGUCCAAGUUCAGAUGCUCUCUCGCCACGGAUCUAGAUAUCCCACCACGGGAUCCAAUGUAGCCGAUUUUGGGCAGCGCAUCGCAAAGGCUGGCAAGAAAUUGAACGCCAAGGGUGCUUUGAAGUUCUUGAAUAACUGGAAGUAUCAACUGGGACACGAGAUCCUGGUUCCGAAAGGGCGUCAAGAGCUGUUCGACUCUGGCAUUUUGCACUCGUACAUGUAUUCGUCGCUGUAUAAUCCGAACAGCAAGAUCAUUGUGCGAACAACUACGCAAGACAGGAUGCUGAAGUCGGCCGAGUACUGGCUGGCGGGUUUCUUCGGUCUCGAAUGGACAAACAAUGCCACCAUCGAGGUCAUCAUUGAACAAGACAGAGCGAACAACUCGCUCGCCGGCUACUUGAACUGCCCCAACGCUCGCAAGCAGAAUGGAGGCGACGAUGCUGCCAAGGUUUGGAUCUCGAACUACCUCGCCAAUGCUACUGCCCGGUUGAAAGAUCUGGCGGAAGGAUAUGACUGGACCAUCGAUGACACCUAUGCGGCUCAGACCAUGUGUCCUUACGAGACGGUGGCAUACGGCUUCAGCGUCUUCUGCGACUUGUUCACUUACGAAGAAUGGGUCGGCUUCUCCUACUCCGUCGACCUCAUGUUUGCCGGCAACAACGCGUUCCAGAACCCCACAGGUCGCGCUGUUGGUAUCGGCUAUCAACAAGAGGUCAUUGCGCGCCUCCAGAACCAUACCCUGGGCUACUCUGGGUCUCAGAUCAACGUGACACUCGACAACAACACAGUCACGUUCCCGCUCAACCAAAGCCUCUACUUUGACUUCUCCCACGACACAAACAUCGCCUCCAUCCUAACGGCGUUUGGCUUGAAGCAAUUCGCUCAACUCCUCCAGCCAACGCAGUACCCGGGCCCGCACAACUUCACCAUCUCGCACAUCACGCCCUUUGGCGCCCGGCUCGACAUUGAGGUCAUUAAGACGCCCAAGCCGUUCAAGGCCGACCGUUCCGGGUACGAGAAGGACGGUGGGGAGACCAAGUACAUUCACUUUGUCCUGAACCAGAGGACCGUGCCGCUGGGCUGGAGUUUCCCCGAUUGCGAUGUCACGAGAUUAGACGGCUGGUGCGAGCUCGAGACGUUUUUGAAUGUGCAGCAGGGUAUGCCUGAGCUGGCGGCCUAUGAUAGGGCUUGCCAUGGAGACAUUGAGACUGUUCCGUACGGGACUGUGUAUGAUGGUAGGCCCUUGUGAGGGGGUAGGUGCUUGUGACGAUAGUGCUGUUGGACCAUGGUUGUGUAUAUAUUUAAUGUUCUUUUUGAUCGAAGGUGAAAUUGCGCCUGUUUACUGUAGGGUCUGUAGGUGGUGUUUGAUUAAUCUAUUUGGGUGGCUUUUGCAUUUUCCGUGCAUUCCAGUGUUUUCAGCGGUGGAAAUCAACGCAGAGGUCGCCUUGGAUUCGCAUACAGUAUCCUAGUGCCGGG